GGCUCCAGGGGCGGGGCGUGGCCGGGGCGCAGCGGCGGGCGCGGAGGUCCGGGCGGGCGCGCGCGCCCCCGCCACACGCACGCCGGGCGUGCCCGUUUAUAAAGGGAGAGCAAGCGGCGACUCUACAAGCUCGGUCUAGUGCUUUGGAUCCGUUUCCAUCGGUCAUUACAGCCGCUCCUCAGACCCCAGCAGCAAAGAUGGUGAAGCAGAUCGAGAGCAAGGCUGCUUUUCAGGAAGCCUUGAACACCGCAGGUGAUAAACUUGUAGUAGUUGACUUCUCAGCCACGUGGUGUGGGCCUUGCAAAAUGAUCAAGCCUUUCUUUCAUUCCCUCUCUGAAAAGUAUUCCAACGUGGUAUUCCUUGAAGUAGAUGUGGAUGACUGUCAGGUGGGUGAAUUUUCUGGAGCCAAUAAGGAAAAGCUUGAAGCCACCAUUAAUGAAUUAGUCUAAUCAUGUUUUCUGAAAACAUAACCAGCCAUUGGCUAUUUAAAACUUGUAAUUUUUUUAAUUUACAAAAAUAUAAAAUAUGAAGACAUAAACCCAGUUGCCAUCUGCGUGACAAUAAAACAUUAAUUCUAACACUUUUUAAAACUGGUGUCUGAAUAGCUUUCAAAAUAAAUGCGAAAUGAUCAUUUAAUGUA